AUGCUUUUCUUGUGCCACAUUUUUGGCGUGUUCUGUUCAUUAUACACUUCUGCUUUCCUUCUUUCUUUCUUUCUUUUUGAAAGGUUUCAUUAUUCCAGUCUUUCUUUCUUUCUUGAAAGUGUUCAAUAUUCUUGUCUUUCUUUCUUUCUUUCUUUCUUUCUUUCUUUCUUUCUUUCUUUCUUUCUGAAAGUGUUUAUUAUUUCCGUUUUUUCUUACUUUUUCUUUCUUUCUUUUUUUGAAAGUCUUCCUUAUUUUCGUCUUUCUGUCUUUCUUUCUUUCUUUCUUUUUUCUUUCUUUCUGAAAGAGUUCAUUAUUCCCGUUUUUCUUUCUUUUUUUGAAAUUUUUCUUUAUUCCAUUCUUUCUUUCUUUCUUUCUUUCUUUCUUUCUUUCUUUAAAGUUCUUCAUUGUUGCUUUCUUCCUUUCUUUUUUUCUUUCUUUCUUUCUGAACGUGUUCAUUAUUUCCGUUUUUUUCUUUCUUUUUCUUUCUUUUUUAAAAUCUUCUUUAUUCCCGUCUUUCUUUUUUCUAUCUUUUUGAAACUGUUCAUUACUCCCGUCUUUCUUUCUUUUUUUGAAGUGUUCACUAUUCUUUCUUUCUUUCUUACUUUCUUUCUUUCUUUCUUUCUUUCUUUCUUUCUUUCAUUUGAUAUCGCUUUUCUCCCUCUCGGUAUCUGA